GGGAUAUAGUGAUGGAGGGAGCUUUGGGCAGGAUGUGAGCUUUUUAGUUCGCGAUUUUGGUAUUUUUAAAAGAACGGCGUUGCUGUGAUGAUCUCGUGGUGAGCCAGUUCUUUUAUUUUAAUUAUUUUCUAGUGUAAACAGUUAGUUAUAUGUAGACGACAAGUAGUUUACGAUAAGUAAUAUAGAUUUAAAUAGAAUUUGGUACCGUCAUGACUUGCAAUCUGAGAUAUGGUGAAACAUGUGAUCAUGAUUCUUCAGAGUGCGUUGCUCAUGUCUUUUGCUGUUUCUAGUGUGCAAUCAACUAAUAUUAAUCAACUGCAAUAAUGGAAAUCACAAAAUCAAACUUGCUGAGUGAGCUGCCUGGCAUUGAGGAGGCAAUCAAGAAUGCCUCAUUUCUUGCAAUAGAUUGUGAGUUUACGGGUUUAAUUACCUCCUGUAAAAUCAAUCCUUAUGAUACACCAGAAGAGUAUUACCAGAAAAUCCGCCUUUGCUCAAAGGACUUUUUAGUUAUCCAAUUUGGAUUAAGUGCAUUCAGAUAUGACACUGGCAGUAAAUCAUUCAAGGAGAAGUCCUACAAUUUUUUUCUUUUUCCAAGAAAAUUUAACAAAAAUCUCCCAGAUGAGAGUUUUCUCUGCCAGGUUUCUACCAUGACCUUUCUGAUAAAUGCUGGUUUUGAUUUCAACAAAUUGUUCAAAGAAGGUAUUCCCUAUUUGAACCGGGAAGGCCGGUUGCAACUCCAAACUUAUCUGGAUGAAGCUCAGAAGAUUAAAAACAAGGAGCCAGUACCAAUACCUGAUCACUUAAAAAGUGAAAUUGAUGAUGUGUUCAAAGAAAUCAAAAAUUUCAUAAAAAGCGGCGACGAAGAGCGCGUUUUGAAUACGAGCAGUGCAUUCUGCCGGCGAUUGAUCUACCAGUCUCUACAAGAGCGGGUAGGUGAUGUUGUUACUUUGGAGACUCGUUUUGAGGGAGAUGAUAGAACGUUGGUCGUCAGUCACAGCAAAACCGGCAAGGAAAUUGCAGAGAUUCAUCGGAAGAUUAUGAGGGAAGCGAUUGGCUUCUCUGAAAUUAUUCAAUUAAUUUCAAAAUCGCGCAAGCCAGUUGUUGGACACAAUAUGAUGCUGGAUGUGUUUCAUACAAUCAAUCGUUUUCUUGUAAAGUUGCCAGAGGAUUAUAAGUCGUUUAAGGAUUGUGCACAUUGCUUGUUUCCUUGUAUAUUUGACACCAAACAUAUUGGAUCUCACAUGAUUUUUAAGGAUAUAAUUCAGUCGACAGUUCUGAGUAAGAUGCUUCAUAGUCUUUUACAGAAACCGUUUAACCCACCUGUAGUUGAGAAUGACAUUGUUGGCUUGGCCAAACCGUAUUCGGUGUUGGAACCACGCGAACACGAAGCCGGUUACGACGCUUACAUCACUGGUCUCUGCUUCAUCAGUUUGUGGGACUAUAUAGGCAAGAAGAUUGGCUACAAGGGCAGCGUUUUUGAAAACAUCAACGUCCUCGGUCCGUACUACAACAAAAUAUACCAGAUGCAUCUCAGGGACGUUCCAUACAUCUGUUUAGAUGCACCUGAUGUACGUCCGUCUCGAGAACACGUUUUUUACAUCUCCUUUUCGAAGACAUGGAAGGUUGCCGAUAUUGUCCAACUGUUCAGUCCAUUCGGCUUCGUCUUCGUAUCCUGGAUCGAUGCAACUUCCGCUUACGUAGCGCUGAACAAUCGUGAAAAUUAUCCGGCUGUUUUAAAGAGUCUUGCAAAGAGCACCGCUUAUAAAAUCAUGACUUAUUCGCAACAUCAGGCCAUACUUGGAAAAUUAAAACCGGAUAAAGUGGGUGAUAAAGAGCUGGAGCAGUCGGAUGAUUUGGGGGUUGUUGUCACGCGCGAUAAACGCAAGCGGAAGUCAACCAACGAUGACCAGUCAGGGUCAGCACAAAAGCAACGAAAGAACCUGACUGAGUCGAACGAGUCAGUGUUGUUUAAUAGUUUGCUUGUAAACAAAACACCUGACAAGGCAUUUGCUGAGGACGACAGCUGGGAGUAAGGCUGCAUAAAAUUACCAGUUUUAACUGGUCUUACUCGCCGCAAUUUCUCAGCUUUUAAGUAGAUUUAUAAGACUACUAUGUAAUAAGGAAGAAUAUUAUUUGAGUUUUAUUUUUUAUUAAAUUAUAUCGUUUUCUUGAAA